CGCGUCUUGUGACGGCGACAGCGACACGACACGACAGCGACAGCGACAGCGACAGCGACAGCGCCCCCCGUCCCCGCCGUCUUUGACACUGCCUCUGCCCGUGUGUCAGGCCUGCACUGGACAAAGCGCGCCUCAAAGCCGCCAUUGUUGCCCCAGACGCCGUCCCGGGCACCAUGGAGUCCCACGCACCGCAGCACCAGCUGCCCCAGGACUCGCUGAUGCCUAUGCCCGAAGCCGCGCCGCGCCCUGAGACGCCGCUCAAACUUGGCUCAGCUUCGCCCGCAGAGUCGAGCGCCGCCCUCAGCACCUCCAAGCCCGCAUCGCCAGAGCGCAACAAGUUCGCUUCCCCCGCACCACGCACGGCUUCGUCCAUGACGCCUCCGCCCUCUUCUCAGGUCCCAGGCACGCGCCCUCCAAUGCGCACCCCGUCUCCCCCGACCCCCCAGCUCACUUCUCCUCCGCCCACUAGUAAGCUGCCUGACCAGCCGCCCGCCCUGAGCGACAUGGGCGCAGGCCUGUACCCCCAGGACCAGGUGAACAGCGCCUCAGCCGAGGAGCUGCGAGUCAUGGUCAACAGCCUGUCCAACGCCCUGCGUGAUAUGCGAUUGUCGGCAGCCCACUACAAGCUGCAGCACAACAUGGCCGUCAUGGAGAGCCAGGAGUCUGCAAGCCGCAUGGCUGUUGAGCUCGCCAUGGCCCACCGAGAACUCGACGUGCUGCAGCAGGCUGAGGAGAAGCGCCGAGCCACCAUGGCUGUGCCCGAGCAGACAUAUCAGGAGUCUGCCAAUGCUGCCAAUGCUGUAAUGCUCGCUGAAUUGAGUCGCCAGAACCAAAUGCUGCAGAACGAGAACGAGGAGCUGCGAGAAUUGCUCGAGCAGCAAAAACGCCGGACAGAGCACCGCGAGGGCGAGCUCGCAAGCCUCAUUGAGGAGAAUGACCGGCUCAAGACGAGGAUCCGCAACAAUCGCGACCACAUUGCACCUCUGCUGGAGCAGAUUGAGCAGUCUUCGCCGCGAUCCAACUUUGGAACUCCCGCCCAACCUACCCCAAGAAAUCGCCUCAAUCGCGUCCCACCGCCUCCACUUUCGCAGGAAAGCAGGAGCCAAAGUAACUUUGAGGCUCUGUUGCUAGCUGACAAGAUGCUCAGCCAGGACGUCUCUACUGCUCCUUCGACACCCAACAGAGUACAGGCGCCAAGGCAACGCUUCAGUCACCAGCGAGGAGCGCAAUCCAUGUCGUCCCUGCCUCGGACACCCAAUCCGAGAGUUACCUACCCCCGCGCCGAGGUGCCUCGCACACCGCCCUUCUUCAUGCCCACCAGCAUGCCUCAAUCAGCGCCUCCCGCACACUACCAGCAGAAGCCAGAAAACCCUCGGCGCCAGAGCAGCAACUCUACAAUCACUGCAUCUGACAUUGAUGACGAAGAAGCCUUUACCGACCGGGAAGAUGACCAGAUACCCGAAUCCCAAGCCAGCCAGAUGGCAAGAAGCCUACUUCAAAAACCACCGCCUGCCAAGGGCAUGAUGUCGGCACCAGCAUCUCAGCCCUCGAACCUCAUUCAAAGCAAGAUUUUUGGCCAAGUGAAGAAAGGCCACGGCCUAACCCGCGCAAACGAGCUCAAGCGAGCCCGUAUGUCAUCAACAGACUUGCACACGCAUUCUAGUCCGCCCAAGCGCGGACGCCUCGAUCAAGGAGUAGGUCUCGGCAUUGGUGGUUUAUUGCGCGAGUGAGAAAUACGAACCGUUCCUGACCUUUUUGUGUGGCAGGGCGUCUUUUGAAGUUUUUCACGAAUAAUGAUGGGCACGGCAGCAAGCGAUCUUCUUGUCUUGGAUGCUUGGAUUGGCUUGGGUUGGAUGUAUUUGUUUUGCCGUUUUUUUGUCAUGUUUUGGAUACCCUUCUGGCCGUGCAAUGUGGCACACAGCGACCUUGUUUGUAUGUAUGACUUGAUGCUUGUAUAUUGGAGACGAAGUGGGCGGAGGACUGUAUUAGAUAGUUGACUUGAAUGUAUGAAAUGACAUGUCGGCUUCUCUGCUAGGAGACAGCACGUG